AUGGAAGAUCCUAUUUACGAUACAAUCGACGAGGACGAGUACGAAUCCCUCGUCGCGAAACGCCGCGAAGAAGUGAAAGGAUUCAUUGUUGACGAUGAUGGCAUAGGCUACGGCGACGAAGGUCAAGAAGAGGAUUGGACUCAAGCCGGUGGGCCCCCAUUGUCGGAUGAGUCGGAGGGAGAAUCGGAGAGACCGAAGAAGAAGAAGACCGAUAAGAAGGAGACGAUUACGAAAAAGCCUUCGGCUCUCUCAGCUGCCGCGGCUUUGAUGGGUAAACAACGGAUCUCUAGUAUGUUUACGUCUUCAGUAUUCAAGAAAAAUAGGGAUGAUAAGGUUAAGAAUUUGAGUUGUGAGAGUAUUGUUGAUGAUGUGAUUGCGGAGUUUGCGCCUGAUGAGGCAGAUAGAGAGAGAAGGAGGAGGGGGCAUGUCAAUUUAGCAGUUCCUGUGAAGAGGGAGCCAACUUGUUCAGUUGCGUCAGUUAAGAAUGAGAAUUUGCCUACUGAAGGUGUUAAUUCGAUGGGUAGGUCUGAGAUCAGACUUGCUAAUGAAACCAAUAAUCCAAUUGUUAGGCCUGAGACUAGUAACGAUCAUACACAUGGUGAGCCUCUCUUCAGUAAUGUGCAAGAGAGUGGUAAAAUUGAGGAAAGAGAUUCAUCAGGGGAAUGUGAAAAUGGGAAAGAUUUAAAUACCGAAAUGAGUAAUGAAUCGGUGGUGAAAUUGUGCGAUUCAUCAGUGAAGAAGAGUGAGAUUGAGGAUGGCUUGUUGAAUGGUGUUGAAAUGAAGGCCGAGCCAGGAUUUAAGAAGAAGUUUUUUACUCUCAAUGCAAAGAUUGAAGAGGAGAAAGAUCUGGCAUUGAGUGCCACAGCUGGGUGGCAGGCAGUGAGGAGUAUGGGUAAUGGUGGUAUUGAUUGCAAUGGGGCGGAGGUGAAUCCCACUGAUGAAAAAUCGGAUUUUGAACUGGAUUCUGAUGGUUCACUGCCAUUUUACAUACUUGAUGCUCAUGAGGAGUUUUAUGGGGCUAACCCAGGCAAUCUCUAUCUCUUCGGGAAGGUCAAAGUGGGCAGGACAUAUCACAGCUGCUGUGUGGUCGUAAAGAACAUGCAGAGAUGCGUCUAUGCAAUCCCCAUUGGUUCUCUGUUUGAGAACGACACAAUUGUUAAACUUGAGAAAGAUGCCGGAGAAUCUCGAAUUUCACCAACAACUUUUCGUACUAAGCUACAUGAGAUGGCAUCAGAAUUAAAGACUGAAAUAACAAAACAGUUACUAGAACGUAAUGUUUCAAGUUUCAGCAUGGCUCCUGUCAAGAGAAAUUAUGCAUUUGAGCGAUCUGACAUACCUCUUGGGGAGAAUUACAUCCUUAAAAUCAAUUAUCCAUUUAAGGACCCGCCACUACCGACAGAUCUUAAGGGAGUAACUUUCUGUGCUUUGCUUGGAACUCACUGCAGUGCUUUGGAGCUGUUUCUUAUCAAGAGGAAGAUAAAAGGACCUUCGUGGUUAUCAGUUUCAAAAUUCUCCAGCUGUCCAGCUCCUCAGCGUGUAAGCUGGUGCAAAUUUGAGGUUACUGUUGAUUGUCCAAAGGAUAUCCAAGUGUCAACUUCCUCAAAGAAUAGUGCAGAGAUUCCUCCAGUGGUUGUUACAGCAUUAAAUCUGAAAACCUUCAUUAAUGAGAAACAGAAAGUCAAUGAAAUUGUCUCUGCAUCUGCAAUCUGUUGUCAUAAGGCCAAGUGCGAUGGAUUUCCUCCUGAUCAAACUGGCCGACAGUUAGUCCUCAAUUUUGAAUAUGCAUAUUGCUGUCUUUAUGUUGUAUAUCUCAUUGAUGUUGUGCUAUUACCUUUGUUGGUUUAUAUGCCGACUUGUAUCCAAUAA